AUGGAUAAUUAUAAAUAUAGAGUGGAGAUUCAACAGAUGAUGUUUGUCUCUGGAGAGAACAAUGAGCCUCCAGUAGAAACGACGUCGUUAAUAGAGGAUAUUGUACGGGGACAAGUAAUUGAAAUUCUAUUACAGGCUAGUAAGACUGCUCAUGCACGUAAUAGCAAAAGUAUUCUUCCUGAAGAUGUUAUUUUUUUAAUCAGACAUGACAAGGCUAAGGUCAACCGUCUAAGAACUUACUUAUCAUGGAAGGAUCUUCGUAAAAAUGCCAAGGAUCAGGAUGCACAAGCUCAAGCUGCAGGAGCAGCUGCAGGAGGCAAUGGUAGUUCUGGACCAAGCGGAGUUGUGGAGGAUGAAGAAAAGAAAGAGAAGGAUCCGACCGCUAUGAUGAAGGUGAAGAAGUCGUCAAUGAAACUCCCGUGGGAGUUGCAAUUUAUGUUUAAUGAACAGCCUUUAGAAAACAACGAAGAUGACGAGUUAGAUGAGGUCGAACGUGAAGCAAAUAUAGCUACUUUAAAAAGAUUAAAAAUGGCUGAUGAUAGAACGAGGGAUAUGACUAAAGACGAAUAUGUCCAUUGGUCAGACUGUCGUCAGGCAAGUUUUACUUUUAGAAAGAGCAAAAGGUUCAAGGAUUGGUCUGGAAUAUCUCAGUUAGUGGAUGGAAAGCCGCAUGAUGAUGUUAUUGAUAUUUUAGGCUUCUUAACUUUUGAAAUUGUAUGUGCCUUGACCGAAACUGCGUUGAAGAUUAAGAAGCGUGAAGAAAUGCUGAAAAGCGAGAAGGAUAAAAAAUUGCAGCCUCCACUGGAUGGUAUCCCUCUAGAUGCUAGAUCACCUAAAAAGAGAUUGUUCGAUGGACCCGAUAAUCUUGUGAAUCCUUUAAAGCCAAAGCACAUUGAAGAAGCUUGGCGCGUCUUACAAACUAUUGAUAACAGACAUCGCGCCCUUUCAAACUUCAAAGGUGGAAGACUAAGUUCCAGGCCUGUCAUCAUGUAA